ACAUCACAUCAGUCUCUGUACAGAGGAGCUUACACUCCAAUGUCCCCUCCCCCGUGGUGUACAUUGCAGUCUAUUGUGGGGGAGGUGUCCCCUGGUACAGUCACAUGAUCUCUGUAUACAAUGUGGGGCCCCUGGGAACGGGCCCCGGCCACACCCUGUAAUUGUCUGUGAUUGGAGUCACAUCUGUCACCUCCGCUCGGCACAAUCCUCUCGUCCUCCGGCUGGAUCUGCACCGUCUCCAGGAUGUCCAUCAACAUGGCGAAGAUCGCUGAGGCUCGCAAGGAUGUGGAGCAGCUGAAGAUGGAGGUCAAUGUCAACCGCAUGAAGGUGUCUGUGGUGGUCUCCGAUCUGAUGACCUUCUGUCAGUCUCAUUCCGUCUCCGAUCCGCUCAUGGCUCCGGUUCCGGCAGCAGAGAAUCCAUUCCGGGACAAGCGAUUGGUCUGCAUCAUCCUGUGACCGGAGAUCCCGCCUUCCAGCCUCCUCAUUAUAAUGUCCACACCCCCUUCCCCUCCCCCAUGGAAUCUCUGGAAGUUUACUUUGAAAUAAAUAAAUGUUGUUCCCUUCUG